UCAACAACCCGAUUCGUGCUGUCUAUGCAGGAAAAUGGCAGUUCAGCAAGCUUAAAAAAUUAGUGCGGUAUGAAAAGGAAAAAGAAAACAGUACUCUAAAGAGGGAGUUGUAGUUGGGAGUUAAAAAGUCCACAUUUCAUUCGAAAGCUCGAAAGAAAACAGUCUUUGCCUUUGAGUCGACUUGCCACGGUCAUCACGUCACACUGGGAGGAUCACAUCCUGAGAGGGAAUUUUGAGCAACCUGCUAACAGACGACAACAGCUAAUUUGUCUGAAGAAAUUAUUAUUUAAACUUGAGACUUUUUGUCUGUGCCUGCAUGAGCAUGUUGUCGUCUCAUUCCCUCUGUUCCAUCAUUUGGUUGAACCGCGGGUUCAAGUUGAGAAAAGUGCCCUGUUCUGCCAACACUGGCCAGGUCUAAGCUGCAACGCUGCUUCUCACUGUGCAGGCCCACUCAGUUGGACAUGCUUAUAUGCUCCAGUCAAUAGUCCUUAGCUUUUAACAAAACGUCCCACAGUACGUCCUGCCAAAGUUUCAUCCCCAGUCCUACACUCAUCUGCCUGGGGUGAUUUUCAUUUCAUACGCUGAAAAUGGCUGCCGAUGGCUUCCAGUACAGAUCUCUGUACGCCUAUCGUAAAGACUGGGAGGACGAUAUUGACCUUGAACCUGGUGAUAUUCUGACUGUCAACAAAGCGUCUCUACUGUCACUGGGUCUCAAAGAGGGAGAUGAGCAGCACCCAGAGUGCAUUGGCUGGAUCUUGGGUUUUAACGAGCGAACCAAACAGAGGGGAGACUUUCCAGGGACGUACGUGCAGUAUGUUGGACCUGUGAAAAUGUCAGUGCUGUCCUGCCAGCCUCGUUCUCAGAGACCACUUCCUGCUGUUCCAACACCUGAGCCAGCAGCCUCAGCACAGGUUGUUCCAGUCCUGGACUUGACCAAACAGUUCACACACCCGGAAACUGCUCCCCCUAAUCUUGUUAAGUUGGUUGAAGCAAUUGAGCGGAAAGGUCUGGACUGUAGGACACUGUACAGGACAUCCACUGCUUCAGGCUCUGACAGUCAAAGACAGAGCCUUGGUGAGCUGCAGGAGCUGGACGUAGGACAGUGGGACAUUCAUGCACUCUCGGAGGCUCUCAUUCAGUACCUGCAGGAACUUCCUUCCCCAAUCAUCCCUCCUUCUGUUUAUACAGACCUACAGGCAGCAGUGCAGCUAGAAUCGGAUGUUCCUUUGAGGAGACGAGAGCAGCUGUUGCAGGCACUGGAGAACCCUGCAGUUCCACUACAAAACCUUUUGACGCUGCAGUAUUUGCUCAGACACCUGGAGAAGGUCUGCCAGUGCGCUGAACAGAACGGUCUGGACAUUCACACCCUGGGCCAAAUCUUUGGCCCUCUGCUGAUCAGUGGCCCUGUGAGCGGGUCAAAGGAAGAUGAGGGUUUUUGUGCAGUUACAGUUGAGAAACUUCUUUUGGAAAGAAUUUGGGAACAAGAGCCAACUCCUCCCGCUCUCCCUCCUAAACCACCCAAAACCAAAGCCAUGGCCUCAUCUGUAACCAAUGGAAACAACAGCUUACUGAGUGAAGCGGAAUGGUACUGGGGAGACAUUUCCAGAGAGGAGGUGAAUGAGAAAAUGAGAGACACUCCUGAUGGUACGUUCUUGGUGCGGGAUGCGUCAAGCAAAGUGCAGGGAGAGUACACCUUGACCCUCAGGAAAGGAGGAAAUAACAAACUGAUCAAGAUUUUUCACCGCGGGGGAAAGUAUGGCUUCUCAGAACCUCUAACUUUCCUUUCUGUGGUGGAGCUCAUCAACCACUACCGGCAUGAAUCUCUGGCCCAGUACAAUGCCAAACUGGACUCUCGCCUGCUCUUUCCCGUGUCUAAAUAUCAGCAGGAUCAGGUGGUGAAAGAGGACAGUAUUGAGGCAGUAGGUGAACAGCUGAAGGUCUAUCAUGAGCAGUAUCAGGAGAAGAAUCGCGAAUAUGAUGUACUGUACGAAGAAUACACACGCACAUCACAAGAGCUGCAGAUGAAACGAACAGCCAUAGAGGCCUUUAAUGAGACCAUAAAGAUCUUUGAGGAGCAGUGUGAGACCCAGGAGCGCCUCAGUAGAGAGAGCAUUGAGAAGUUUCGCAAAGAAGGCAAUGACAAGGAGAUUGAGAGAAUUCAGAGCAACUCUGAGAAGCUGAAAUCCAGAGUGACAGAGAUUCAUGACAGCAAGAGGAAGUUGGAACUAGACUUGAAGCGGCAAGCCACAGACAAUCGAGAGAUAGACAAGAGGAUGAACAGCUUGAAACCAGACCUCAUACAACUGAGGAAGAUCAGGGACCAAUACCUUGUAUGGCUGACUCAGAAAGGCACCAGGCAAAGGAGGAUCAACGAAUGGCUUGGUAUAAGGAAUGAAUCAGAGGACUUCUACUCUCUGUUGGAUGAUGAUGAUGAUCAAGCGCAUCACGACGAUUGCUCUUGGUAUGUUGGUGACAUUAAGCGCACACAGGCAGAGGAUCUCCUGAGAGGCAAACGAGACGGAACCUUUCUCAUCAGAGAGAGUCAGACCCAGAAGGGCUCCUUCGCAUGCUCUGUUGUUGUGGAUGGAGAGAUCAAGCAUUGUGUCAUUUACAAAACGGCCACAGGUUUUGGAUUUGCUGAGCCUUACAACCUUUACGGUACCUUGACAGACUUGGUCCUGCACUACAAACACACCUCCCUGGUCCAGCACAACGACUCACUGAAUGUAACUCUGGCCCACCCGGUCCUCGCACAGCAGCCUAGAUGAGCACCAUGACACAAGAAGGCUGAGAAGAUGCAUAUAAAGCAUGACUAAGCACAUUAUACAGAGCAAAAUAUACUAACACCGAACGUUUAUGUUUAUUGUAGAAAACAGAUAUAGCACAGUAUAUUAUCUCAAGUAAAUGUAUGGAUUUUUUGUAAGCCCAUAGUUUUCCGUAUCAGUCAAAUGGUAAGAUCACAGCUUCAGCUCUCUGUAUAAGUUGUUCCAAAAACAAACAUGUGUCUCAAAGACAUUGCAUACAUUGCAGUGAUUAGGGCCCACAGAUCCUGUCUCUUAGAGAGGAAAGUGUCCAAUGAUUCCAAGAAAGCUUGAACUAGAGCCGUAGUUCUGAUAUGACCGAGGGAACUUCUCACCUAUUUUAGAUUAGGACACAGGCCAGGGAUGAAAUGAGGAAUGAACUGAAAGUUGCAGCUGUUAAAAAUAAAUCUUUUAGCCAUUAUGUCACUGCUGUGGGUUAUCAUCCUAUGUGUAUUAUGUUUGGUAGUUUGCUUCUGCCAAUUGUAUGAAUAGAUUCCUUUUUUAUGUGAGUUGUCCUAUAGAAGAUGUGAAACAAAUAAGUGAAACUUUUUUUUUCUUUUUCUUUUUUUUUUUUUUUUUUAAAUCAAAAGUGGUGGAUGGACACUUCAGUCCUGUUAGCUUCAAAUCUGCCUCUUUCUUUAAAGCUAGUUAUCAUUGUCACAGCAAAUAGCUGUUAACUGUUUUAUUCUUUUAUUUUAAAUACCACAGACCUGGAGUCUGAGAUCAUAAAGACCCCAUGACAUCCCUUGACAGUUUUCUUUCCUGUGUUGAUAUUUCCUAUAUUUUGAAACAGGAAGUUUGGGCGGUACAUAUUGAAGGCCUUGUCCCUUCUUUUUUUUUUUUUUUUUAACCAAUAGACUUAAAAUAAUAGUUCAGCCAAAGAUGAAAAUUCUCUCAUCAUUUACUCACCCUCAUUACAUCCCAGAUGUGUAUGAUAUUUUUUUCUUCUGCUGAACACAGAUCUUUAGAAGAACAUUUCAGCUUUAUAGGUCCUCACAAUGCAAGUGAAUGGGUUCCAAAACUUUGAAGCUCCAAAAAGCACAAACGCAGCAUAAAAGUAUUCCAGAAGACUCCAUUGUUAUAAUAUGUUAAUAAAAUAGUCUUUUUUUAACUUUAAAUUCUCCUUCCUGCCCAGUAGGUGGUGAUAUGCACAAAGAAUUUGAAUCACCAAAAACAAAACAAAAAAGAAAAUGAAAGUGGAGGUUCAGAGUAAAAAAAGGAAUUUAAUAUUGAUCUGUUUCUCACCCACAUUUAUUUCUUCUGAAGAUAUAGAUUUAACCACUUAAGUUUUAUGGUUUAGUUUUAUGCUGCCUUUAUAUGCUUUUUGACCUUAAAGGUUUUGGUAUCCCUUCACUUGAGCUGAGAAAUUCUUCUAAAAAAAUUAAUGUGUGUUCAGCAGAAGAAAGAAAGACACACAUCUGGGAUGGCAUGAGUGAGAGUAAAUGAUGAGAGAUUUUUCAUUUUUGGGUGAACUAUCACUUUAAGUCUUCAUCACAGCCUUCAACCAUGAUUUGAUACUUGCUAAUCAGUUGCAUGUGGCAUUGAGGGAGGGACAUACUCAUUCUAGAGAUCAAAACUUCAAUAUUGAUUUCAUGGGGCCUUAAAUGGUUUCUGUGAACUGGUAUUGUAGCAGAUGUUGGUGCUUCCUGGUGCUUUUUUUUUUUGUUGUUUGUUUUGUUUACUUUUGUGAUGUGAGAAUGAUGCAUAGCUAUAUACAAAACCUUUAAUCUUCAGAACAGAGACAGUGUGAUACCGGCAAUAGUGAUCCCAAAGCAAAGACACGCACAGUAACUUACUCUUAAGCUCCCCUCGCAUUGAAAGAUUUUGUUGGAAAAUGCCGGUUAUUCAAAAGGCACAAGCAAAAAAUGCAGAACAGACCGCUCAAAAAAAAAACUUUCAAUCAAGGGGGAAUUGGACAAAUAUUUGUUAAAGAAGGCCUAUGGAUUGUUUGCGAUUUUGUAACUGCGCUCCACGUUGUGGUUAGACAUGUUAAGAGCUAAGCGAUACACUGGUCUGUACAUCAUACAAAUAAUUAAGCAGAUUUUUAGAGAGUGAUCGUAUCCUUUGUAUUAAGCAGAAGCAAAUAUUACGUUGGCAUAAUAAGAAUGAGUUUUGCACAGCUCUUGGUCAGGAGUUGCCUGAAAACUGCAAUGCAUGGAAAUGCAUGAAAGUUUAGUGAUUUAAUUGACUUUGGUUUAAAAGUGCCUUCUGCCCAUGUGUCCAGGAGGAGCUUUCUUGUGAUUGGGGCAGCACAGAAUGCUUCACUUCUAUAGAUUUUAUUAAUCAGAUAAUCACAUAGGUUUGAAUUGGUAUUCCAAGCAAGUUCAAAAUUGUAUGGAAUGAUCUCAAAGCACAAUUAUAUGUUGUUGUUUAUAUAUAUAUAUAUAUAUAUAUAUAUAUAUAUAUAUAUAUAUAUAUAUAUAUAUAUAUAUAUAUAUAUAUAUAAAAAAGAGGAACCUCUCAGUAAACCUUUUGAAAUUGGGAGUAUCGAGUUCGAGAAGAACACCGUGAAAUUUAACAGACUGUAUGAUAGAUGUAAGGACCCCUUAUUUGUAAAGUUAAACAUUGGCAUAUAAGCGUUUUAAUGAGAUUUGGUUUUCAACAACUGAUAUGCACUUUUGAGGGUGUCAGUUCAUUAAAAGAGUCAUUUUACCCAUUUUAAAUCACUUUACAAGGUUAGUGUUAUUCUGAUUGUAUUUUAACCAAUAAAAAUAGGCUGUCUAGCUUGCAAAGGCUGAUGCAGUGUAAUAGUCCAUUUGAUUUAAGGCAAGUUGAAAUUAAGACUUCAUUACAACCUUGUGAAAAUGACUCUGAAAAACUGGUCUGAAUUUAGUAUAUUGAUUGUUAGCUCUUGGCAUCCUCCUCUGAGAUUGACACUUUUUUAUGAAUCUGCCACUUUCAAAAAUGGGCCAAUCUUUUAACGUUUCACAAGUGUGUCUGUCGCUAUAAUCUUUGGUUUGAUUUUGUCCUAUCUAUGAGAUCAUGUUGUUUUGCAGAGAUGGUAUGGUGCACAGAGACACUGGUUAUGAUUCCUUGAAUGUUCUGACUGACUGAUGCGGGUCAUUACAAGCACAGAGAAUGAGCCAGAGUGCUGGAUAUGAAGAGUUUGUGUGUGUGAGAUAAAGCAAUGGAGUGGAAUCCUCUAAUGCACUAUACGAGCAUGUUAUGAUGUGUUGUUGGUGACAAUUAAUGAAGCUUGACAGCCUUUAUGAGCAACAGAUUAGUUUAGGUAAACAUUUUAGUUACAGGCCUGAAAUGAAACAAUGUUAGUUUCAUAAUGUGUUAUGGUAGUGCUAAGUUGGUCUGUUCUUUUUUUCUAUAACUAUAAUUGUAUGUCAAUGUUUUAUGUUUCUCAUUGUAAGUAAUGACCUUACAGAUUCAAAGAUAAGCUAGCUUGAAUAUCUCUCUUCCAUUCAGUACAGUUACAAAUGUUUACAGUAUAUAAUUAACCAAAUAGAAGAUGUAUUUUCAGACCUAUUCUUGUCUGAAUCUGAACAGACUGGGCUUAUUGUCCUUUUUUGUGUGCCUCUGUUGUUUUAAACUUGAAGAUUUUGUUUUCUGUCUUAUUCAAACUGUGCUCCCUCACCUCAGAAUGUCUUUCCUUCCGAAAGGAAAAAGGAAGUUUCAAACAGUCUUUUACAUUGACUUUAAAAUGCAUUUGUUAAAUGUGACCCAGAGCAAGUUUUGCAGACAGUUAAUUUAUACUUAUAGUAGACAUACUCUGCUUUUGGCUAAGUUACACGUUAUGUCGAGUAACAAGAAUACAGAAGGAAAUAAAAAUGAUAGACUGACUGGUUUCUAUCUAACGUCCCUCUGUACUUGCAGAAAUGGUUAGAAUAAGCAUUUGGUUAAAUUUGACUCCUUUUUUUCUCCUUCCUUAAACUGAUGGCCAGAUAUUAAUAGCUGCGAAGUUUUGCUUUGUUUUAAACUGCAGAGUAUCAUUUCCAUCUAUAGUGGUUGUGACACAAUAUCUUAUUUCUUCAGUGUUAAAAAUAGAUUGCAUAAGAAUGUUGAACAUGCUUUCUGAUUUUAUUUUUAUGCAUAACUACAGCAACAGCCUGAUCUAUAUGCCUCUAGUAAUUUUUGUAAGACAUUCAAUAUAAUUUCUUUGAUAUUCUAUUGAGUAUCAUUUUACCCUUGCUCUGUUUUCACAUGGUCAUUCAAAAUGAUACCUCAAUAUCUUGUUUCCCUUGUGCAUGAAGUAGCCUGUUGAAGCUAAUCCCCACCAAAGUGCCAUUGGACACAGAGGAGAGGGAGCGCUGUUUUUAUUUUUUAUUUUUUAUUUUUUUUGCCCAGUACUAUUUUACUGGACGUGUGUGUGCACACAAUCUUUAUGUACAUACUUCUAUUUCCUUUACUACUUUCUUUUCUCACCAAUCUGUUUUUGAGUACAGAUUUUUCAGUGUACAGUUUGCAUCAGUGUUGUUUGUCUCUCCAACAGGUACACAAUCAUUAUGGAUGUACGGCUCUUUAAUAGGUAGAUGAAAUUAUUUUUAAGACAAUAAAAAGAUAUUGAGUCUAUUGCA